GCCCCCGUGUUCAGCAUCCCGAGCAGCAGAAUGAGCGGAGAAUGCGGCGCUCGGACGUUCAGCUGUCAUUAACUCCUCAUUAGAACAGGUGGGAGCGAUCCUGUCGUGUUUAUCAGACGCUUAUAUCGGGACUAAACCCUCCCUCUGAGCGCUGGUCAGCAGCUGAGAAGGAAGAUCUCACUGGUAGACGGCAAGAGGAGAAGUGGAAUGGCAGGAGGACGAAGAGGAGCAAACAGAACGACGUACUGUCGUUCCCCGCUGGGCGGUGAAACGGGAUCCGUCAACAAUGGGAACCACUCCACCAGCUCACCUGUAACUGGCGUGAGGUCUCGAACCAGGAAUGGUUCGGGAACUGGAAUGUCCAGCCCUCCUCUGGCUACGCAGACGGUGGUUCCGCUGAAGCACUGUAAGAUCCCUGAACUGUCUGUGGACAGAAACAUCCUGUUCGAGCUGCACCUCUUCUUCUGCCACCUUGUAGCACUGUUUGUGCACUAUGUCAACAUCUACAAGACAGUGUGGUGGUAUCCGCCCUCACACCCCCCCUCCCACACAUCACUGAACUUCCACCUGAUUGACUACAACAUGCUGGUGUUCACCAUCAUUGUGCUGGCCCGCCGGCUGAUAGCAGCCAUAGUGAAAGAGGCGUCUCAGAGUGGGAAGCUGUCCUUCCCUCACUCCAUCUUCCUGGUAACUGCUCGGUUUGCAGUGCUGACCCUCACUGGCUGGAGUUUAUGCCGUUCCCUCAUUUACCUCUUCAGAACCUACUCAUUCCUCAGCCUUCUCUUCCUCUGCUAUCCGUUUGGAAUGUACAUCCCUUUCUUCAGACCCAGCUGUGAACUCCGACGGGCUGGACCCCUCUCCCCCAUCGCCACCAUCGCCUCCAAAGAGGUAGGGGGCAACGGUGGCUCUCUGGGGCGUGGAGGGAGGGACUACUUGUCUGUGCUGAAGGAGACAUGGAAGCAGCACACAAGCCAGCUGUACAGUGCCCAGCCCAUGCCCACCCAUGCCUGUUGCCUUUCCCCCGACCUCAUCCGCAAAGAGGUGGAGUACCUGAAGAUGGACUUCAACUGGAGGAUGAAGGAGGUGCUGGUCAGUUCCAUGCUUAGUGCUUACUACGUGGCCUUUGUACCUGUCUGGUUUGUCAAGAGCACUCAGUAUGUGGAUAAACGCUGGUCCUGUGAACUCUUCAUCCUUGUGUCAGUCAGCACGUCCGUCAUACUGAUGCGGCACCUCUUACCCCCGCGCUACUGCGACCUGCUCCACAAAGCGGCAGCUCACUUGGGCUGCUGGCAGAAGGUGGACCCUUCGCUCUGCUCCAAUGUCCUCCAGCACAUAUGGACAGAAGAAUACAUGUGGCCACAGGGAGUGCUGGUCAAACACAAUAAAAAUGUGUAUAAGGCCAUGGGCCACUAUAAUGUAGCAGUACCCUCAGAUGUCUCACAUUAUCGUUUCUAUUUUUUCUUCAACAAACCACUUCGAAUAUUGAAUAUCCUCAUCAUCUUGGAAGGAGCAAUGAUAUUCUACCAGCUAUAUUCACUGAUGUGUUCAGAAAAAUGGUACCAGACAAUAUCAUUAGCGCUCAUACUCUUCAGCAACUACUAUGCCUUUUUCAAACUGCUCAGAGACAGAAUAGUGCUGGGAAAGGCCUACUCAUACUCAGCAUCCUCAGAUCACAAGGUCAGUUAGAGGGGGGCUAAGUUAUCAUCGGACGAGCAUUGCAGAAGAGCAAAAAGCAUGCAUGAGAGCUUUUUAUUUUUUCUAUAACUGCAUUUUUUGUCACUCUGAUUAUGUUCUGAUCUGCCAUGAAAUAAAAAAGAAAUAUUUUUGUAUUCCUUCA